AUGGAAUCAACUCAAAUAUUCGAAGGGAAAGUAGUUGUACUUGGUGGUGAUUUUAGGCAAACAUUGCCAGUUGUUCGAAAUGGAAGCAAACAUGAUACAAUUGUUGCUUGUAUAACUAACUCACAUAUAUGGCCAUCACUUUGUGUACUACAACUAGAUGAAAACAUGAGGGCAUUAUUAGAUCCAGUUUUUACUGAAUUCCUUCUAAGAUUAGGUGAAGGUAGAGAAAAUUUACAAGAUGAUGAUGUUGUUACUCUUCCAUCACAAAUUGUCAUAGUAGAUAAUGAUGAAUCACAAGGGUUAAAUGUUCUAAUUAAAUAUGUUUACCCACAUAUAUUUGAAAAUUCUAAAGAUAACCCUGCAUCCUUCACCUUCAAUCGAGCUAUUUUGACAACUAAAAAUACUUUUUUUGAUGAGCUAAAUGAUAUCUUAAUAAACAAAUUCCAAGGAGAAGAGAAAGAGUAUAUUAGUUUUGAUGAAACACUUGAUCCAAAUGACCAAGCUCAUUAUGAGGAUCUUCUACAUUCUUUAACUCCACAUGGUAUGCAUUCCAGCGGUGGUAAUUCCUUUCUUUGCCAACAAAUUACAACACUCAAUGAAAACAACUACAAAACCAAAAUAAAGAUUUCGGAUUACACAGGAAUUCACUAUUCAAUGAUCUGGAAAAAACUUUUAACAUUAACAUUAUUGAAUUACAUCAAUGAAAAUGAAGGCAAUACCUUAGACCAAAUAGUGGAAUCCGGGCUAAUGAUAUUCGCACUGAGAGUAAAGGUGACAACUUUCUACGGACAAUCACUCUCAAUAAGUAGUAGCCCUGCAAUUCUUAUAAAUCCAUCAGUGACAGAUGAUUUACAGCUAAAAAAUUGGUAUACAAAUAGCAGAACAGGAAUUAAAGAACUACUUCAAAAACAAACAUAUAAGGAUACCAAUAUUCUGUUGCCCCCUCCCGAAGAGAGAGACAUACUUCCGAUAGGCAAAGCAAUUACAAGAAUGAAAAAUGGUAAACCAACAUGGAUAAAAGGAACUCUUAUGUUGCCUCGUCAUGAUAGAAGUUUCACACAAACAGCAUGUGCCAACUGUUUAAAACCAGUUGUGGCUGAUGUAAAGUGGAUCAUCACAUGCUUUGCCUGCAAAAAACAAUCUAAAGUGCAACUCAAGUCUAGGGCAAUAGUUGAAAUCGAUGAUGGUACCAGCUCAAUUGCAGCAAUGAUUUCAACGCCAGAAAUUGAAAAGUUCAUGAAGGUCGACUACAAUGAAAUCAAAGAUGCAGGAGAAAAUGUACAAACUGUACAAAAUAUAAUUGCAAAAUCAAUUGGAUCAUUACCACUUCUGCCAUAUGUACGAUCAUAUCAGACAUCAAAUCAAGAAAACCAUACUACAAGAUUCGUCGUUGUGAAGGCACAUAGGCUCCCAGAACAUCAAAACGAAAACAAACAAGAACUCCAACUAUCAAAUAAAGAUGAAACUUUAUCAACAACAAAACAGUGUUCUCCAAAACAAACACAAAAGCGAAACCAUACAGACAGUGGGAAAGCAAAACUAACAGAAACAUCGACAGCUGGCACAUCAAGACCAACAAAAAAAACGAAAUAG